CUGCAACCUAUACUUGCUGUACGAGUUCACUGUACAAAAGAGUUAAUUUUUACUUAAACCCAAUUCGGGCUAAUCAUGAAGCCUACCAGGAAUGCUCUGGAAUAUGAACUAAAGUGGGCCUGCAGUCGCGUCAGCUGAACCUCCUACCCCCACGGUUCUGUCUGCCCACAUGCUUCUGUCUAUCAGCCCUAGCCUCCGGAUCCGCUCUCGCGCCAUUGGUUGGAAUUCAGGAAGGAAGAAACCCAGGAUUUAAAGGGCUCAGUUUUCCACCUGCCAGGCCGGGUCCAACUUGCCUUUGACACGUAUUUGUGAGAAUCACUAGCAGUUCUUCACUCACUACACUGAUUGGUUAAAGGAAAAGGAGUCCCCGAGGGUGUCACCUUGACAAUCUCCAAAACCGAAACUUGCGCUCAAGAUUAUCUCCACACUGCGUCUGCGAGGCAGAGUCCCUGCCCAGGUCACCAGAGCCAGCCCCUCGGGAGGGGCCUGGGAGAGGCGUGGCUUUCCGUGGGAGAGUAGGAUUUUGCUCCACCUCCUAAGAAGCCUGCUCUGCUUCCAGCCAAUCAGGCUGGCCUAUGCAAAUAGAGCCCGGGUCACCCCGGUAACCAUGAUGUAUAGGGACCAAUGGAAACCGGCCAGUGGCGACCUCGCUCCAGGAUUGGUACCCAAGUAAGGCGACAGGGAUCCAAUGGACUGUGGGAACAGUCCUCGGCGGGCAGAGGGGAGGAGAUAUGCAAAUAUGGUUUGAAAAGCCGGCGGGAAAUCUGAGUUUCGCGGGAGGACCUUGGCGCGUAAACCGUAUCCCUUCAUUCAUUGUCAGCAGCAGCUUCCUGGAGCCAUUUUUCAGCUGCCGGCCGCAGCACCCGGGCUGCCGCCGCCGCCUCGCAAUCCGUUGCAUCGGCUGCCCCCGACGCCUCCAUCUCCCCUCGGGGCCUGAUAUCCAAGCGGCCGGGACCCUCCUCUCUCCAGACCCCCGAUUAUUUUUGGCCCCGGGACCUGUGCGGUGCGGAAAAAUAAAAAAGAAAAGAGAGAGAGAGGGUUCGGAAGCGCCGGGAGGGGAGGCAAGAAGGAGAGACUUGGAAACUCCGACUGCAAAUAAUAAAGAAAUUGAAAGCAAUACGUUAAUAUAUCGUAACACUAAAAAAGAGCAGGAGCGAGAGAUGAGAAAGGGGAUCCAGCCCGCCCUGGAGCAGUACCUGGUGACCGCCGGGGGUGGGGAGGGGGCGGCUGUCGCCGCCGCCGCUGCAGCCUCCAUGGACAAAAGGGCACUGCUAGCCAGCCCCGGCUUCGCCGCCGCCGCCGCCCCGGGCACGUACAUCCAGAUCCUCACUACGAACCCUUCCACCACGUCCUGUGCCACCUCCCUCCAAAGCGGCACCCUGGCCGCCGGCCCCCUUCUCCCCAGUGUCCCCGGCGCGGAGCCGGCCGCCGGCAGCCUCCUCUACACCACGCCACAAGGACCCUCCAGCAGAGCCGGGCUGUUGCAGCAACCACCAGCACCAGGACGCGGCGGCGGCGGCGGCCCUCCGGCAAAGCGAAGGCUGGAGCUGGGUGAGAGUGGCCAUCAGUACCUCUCAGAUGGUCUGAAAACUCCCAAGGGCAAAGGAAGAGCCGCACUGCGGAGUCCUGAUAGUCCCAAAACUCCAAAAUCUCCCUCAGAAAAAACGCGGUAUGAUACGUCACUCGGUCUGCUCACCAAGAAGUUCAUUCAGCUCCUGAGCCAGUCGCCUGAUGGGGUCCUGGAUCUGAACAAGGCAGCAGAGGUGCUCAAAGUGCAGAAGAGGAGGAUUUACGACAUCACCAACGUGCUGGAAGGCAUCCACCUCAUUAAGAAGAAGUCGAAGAACAACGUCCAGUGGAUGGGCUGCAGUCUGUCUGAGGAUGGGGGCAUGCUGGCCCAGUGUCAAGGCCUGUCCAAAGAAGUGACCGAGCUCAGUCAGGAAGAGAAGAAAUUAGAUGAACUGAUCCAAAGCUGCACCCUGGACCUCAAACUGCUGACCGAGGAUUCAGAGAAUCAAAGGUUAGCUUAUGUUACAUAUCAAGAUAUUCGAAAAAUUAGUGGCCUUAAAGACCAAACUGUUAUAGUUGUGAAAGCCCCUCCAGAAACAAGACUUGAAGUGCCUGACUCACUAGAGAGCCUACAAAUACAUUUGGCAAGUACCCAAGGGCCCAUUGAGGUUUACUUGUGUCCAGAAGAAACAGAAACACACAGACCCAUGAAAACAAACAACCAAGACCACAAUGGGAAUAUCCCUAAGCCCACUUCCAAAGACUUGGCUUCUAACAACUCAGGACAUAGCGACUGCUCCGUUUCCACAGCAAACCUCUCUCCUCUGACCUCCCCAGCCAACCUUUUACAGCAGACUGAGGACCAAAUCCCUUCCAACCUCGAAGGACCCUUUGUGAACUUACUGCCUCCCCUGCUCCAAGAGGACUAUCUGCUGAGCCUAGGAGAGGAAGAGGGCAUCAGUGAUCUCUUUGAUGCGUAUGAUUUGGAAAAGCUGCCCCUCGUGGAGGACUUCAUGUGUAGUUGAUUGGGCUUUGUACAAACUAUCCUUACAAACCAAUAUUUUUUUAUCACGGAAUCAGAACGUGUAUCGCAGUGUUGUCCCCUCCUACCUUCUUCCUCCAAGAGUAUCAUGAAGUAAACUUCAGAACAAAGCUGACAUUUUAAUGAAUUAUUAUUAUUAUUAUUUUUUUUUUUCCCUAAACGCACAGUUGCAGGCUCCCUUGGGAAAGCCCUGCCUGGUCACAGGCUCCAAAAUCUUCCUGAUGAGUCAGCAAGUGAGAAGAUGUGCAAUCAGGUGUCUCUCACCUGCCCUUUUCUCCCCUCCUUCCUCUCCUUCCCUUGCGGACUGGCUUGCUGUGCCUAACGGAUGGGCUGUUGAAUGGGCCUGGCCACCCAGCCUGCUGGCAGACAGCAUUCUCCCUUUGACAGCAUUUCAAGCCGUGCCUUCUCUGCAGAAUGCAUGUCUUUGUGAGUCUGCUAACCUGGAAUGGAAAUCUGCCACAAAUGCAAGCUUGAAGUCAUGCAAAGGAAUGACUCGGAUUUCUUCAGCUCUUAGGAAUAUUUAAAUUACUCUCAUAAUUCAAUGUAAGCUAUGGGCCGCGUGUCCCACUCGGAGGUUGCAAGAGCCUCCACAGCCUUUUGGAUGAAGAACUUGUUUGUGAGUGCUCAUUGCAGAGACAGAGACUAGAAGAGUUCUGCUGCUCGACGCUGUUGUGGAUUUUCCUGUCUCCAUACCCCACCUGCUUCCACUCCCCCCCCAUCCUGCGUGUUUGUGAGUUUCCGGUUGAUUACUUGCAACUUAGGAGUUCCUUGUGGGUUGUUUUUAGAAUUUUUAUUUUUCUAGCUGCCAUUGAAGCAUUCCUGUGGCCCCCAUCAACCAUUUCAAUUGAAGUGUUUACCUUAAAGCGGUUUUUUGCAAAUUCCUUUUCCUUUAGCAGAGGGAGAGAACCUCUCCUGAUCAAAGCAUCUAAACCUGUGUGACCUAAGGUCCACCAGCCUCUGCGAGGAGCAUCCUCUGUCUUGCUUCCUUUCCCAGAAAGGAAGCUUGGAACGAGAACAGCUCUCGAGCUCACUGACUCGAGUGGCCCCCAGUGAGGACCUCGGGCCAGAUGAUAGAGCUGUCCCAUGGAGCAGCAGGCAUGGAUCCCUCCAUCCUUGGGCUUCCCGGGCCCCUGCGACCGGGAAAGGGCUCUAAUGCCACACUCAGGGAGACCACUUCUCAGGGUGGGGUCAGGUGGAGAGGCCCUAGGGAGAAAGGCAUCCCGUUGUGUAAGUGGCAUUCUAUCAGGGACACUUCCUGAAGUUGGGACGAGGAGCUCCCACUGUGUCAGGGGGUAGACUAGUUCUGUCCAGAACCCAUCACCCUUCCUACUGUGAGUGGGUGAGUUGGGCAAAGGGAAAAUGGGAGAUAGGAAACGCAGUGAUAGAAUGCCAGGGCGUCUCCCUCGUUACGCCUCAGGAAUGGUGUCCCAAACUGGAGGCUCUGUGUCAGCUAUGAUCCUUCCAGUUACUUCCAAGAAUAACGUUCCCACUGGCAGGUGGCAAUGGCCAUCACGUCCUGGUGUUGACUAUGGCAUAGUACCUCAAAUCCAUUCCUUGGAUGCUAAGGGCUGCGGAAAUGAGUUAGUCAUAAAAACUAACCUCCAGCUGAACGGUUUGAAACACUAUGUGCCUGACCCACCAGGGAGGCACGUAGUAGGCACUCGACUCAUAUACACGUAACCGUGUUGAAAAUAUCCCUUGGGAAAACAUUUUAAUAAACCACAAGAACCCUGGCCAGUUUACUCUAGAUAGAUUUCCACAAUAUGCAAAGCGGUGGUGGGGGUGGAGACAGAAGACACCGGCACUUUAAACUCUGUGUGUGGGUAUGCGUGGUGUAUGUUUGGGAAGAAAAAUCAAAGGUGCAGACUAUCUUCCUCUCUCUUCUUCAGCCUCAGCCCCGGCCUCCUCCCCUCACACACUCUGGACUUGGUACAGAAUAAUCCGUGUGGUCCGAGCUGAAGCACUGGGGUGGAGGAGGGAGGGGGAGCUUCGUGUUAAGUGCCUACUGGAAAUGCACUGUGGGUUUUUUCCUGUAUGGGAAACCAUUUAUGCCAAGCUUUCCCCCAUGUCCUCUAUUUAUCUCAUCUGGUUAGCUGCCUCUGCUUCUGGCUUUGUGUAAUUCUCUUUGCCAGCUGCAUCGAGCUGGGUUUCUUUCCCCCGAAGUCUAAUGACUAAACUCACCUUGCUCCAGGUUGUUGUAUGUUUGGUUGACUUUGCUUUGUUGAAACUAUUCGUAUUGUGAUACCAUAUUUAUUGUUUUAAGAAAGGAAAGGAAUACUAAUGAGUCUUCAAGAAUUCUUUCAUGCAUAAUAAGACUUUUCCAGUUAAUGGGCUUAUUUGGCGUACGUAGAGGAGAGACGUCCAUAUUAUAUUCUGUUUGCAUUUAGGUCUUUUCUUUGCUCUUAAUAUCUGGCACACAAAGUAGAUGAGUACUACAGUAUUUGUGUUCCUUUAAAUCCUGAGAGUGCAGGUUCCCUGGUACCAUUAAGUUGCUGCUACUUAAAGCUCACAUGCGGAUGGCUGAACGUUCCAAGUGUGCGAAUGGUGAUGGCGUGAGCCUCAGAGGAUUAAACUGUAUAAAGGGCAACACAUGAGCUGUCAAACAGUGUUAGGCGUGUGUUUGUGUACAUAGCAGUUUUAUUUAAGUCGAUACAGUCCGCUCACAUUGCCAUUGUUUUCCAGUUUUUGUACAGAGAUAGCGAUUCAUUUGUAAACACUGCCAGAAUAUUUUCUAGCUGGUUUGUAAUUUUUUAAGACUGUUGCCUUGGGUUUUGUUUUUUGUUGUUUGUUGUUGUUGUUGCUCCUGUGACUCUUGUUUGCCUUUUGGGUCGUACGUGUAGCUCUGUCUGUAAAUAGAACCGCAGUAUUUAAAGCUUUAGCUUUCAGGAAAAACGAAGUAAGAAUCCAAGUGUGUGCAUGACACGUUGUGCGUCUGAGAAGGGAUCUGGAGGAAGAUGCCUUGUGGAGGAAGUUGGGUGGCAGUUGGCAGGGUGUGGGAUGUCUUUCCUACGGGGUACAUGCUUUUUGUAAAAAGGAAGUGUUUCUCCCAACGUUGGGAGUGCGCAAACUACUAAUCAGUUUAGCUUUGUGUUGUAUGCUAGUUACAAAAAUAAAUAAUGUAAUAUAAUGUAAAAAUAGACAAACAAACAAAAAAAAGCUUUUAUGAUGGAUUUUGUAAAUAGAUUUGUUACAGGGUGACCUGUUCUAGCUGUGAUCUUACCACUUCAAAUGGAUGUAAUUUGAAUAAAUUUUGUAUGGUAAAGGGUCAAUAAAAUGAUUUUUUUAAGAGUU